UCCUCUCUUCCCACAUUCGAUCCAACACCUCCUAUUCGACACAAUUUCCCAUAUUCGAUCCAACACCAGUUUCUCUCCCGCCCACACCCACCAUAGAGCGGCGCCACACCUCCGGAACUCAAAAACCCUAAAACCCUCAAAAGCUUCUCUUCCGUCGUAUACCCUCAGACCACCAUUAAUCUACGAGCAGACCGUCGGCGAAUGGGGUUGCUUCUCCGUCCUUCACUUGCACAGCGGCUUGGUCUGGCUGCCUUCAAGCAACCUCGUCUUUCUCCCGUACCUUGCUCCUUCCUCCAGAGAGGAAGAAGACAUUGGACAAAUUGUGCGGCUGAAUGCGAUGGACUGUUGGAUUAUGAUGAUAACGACGAUGCCAAAGCAAGGGAGAAAGAUGCUGCAUUGAGUUCGGCUCUCUCACGGCUUUCCGGUGAUUUUUGCCGGGAGUCUAUGAUGUCAAUGCAGCGGUUUUCUCGAUCAAGACGUCCGCCUGUCAUCUCCACUGGCUCCUUGAAGCUUGAUCUAGCUCUUGGGAUUGGAGGAUUACCCAAGGGAAGAAUCAUUGAAAUUUACGGGCAAGAAGCAUCUGGGAAGACCACGCUUGCACUUCACAUCAUCAAGGAGGCUCAAAAGCUUGGAGGACUUUGUGCAUUUCUUGAUACAGAGAAUGCCAUGGAAUGUUCACUUGCAGAAUCUAUGGGUAUAAACACCAAAAACCUUCUCUUUUCAGUCCCUGAUUCUGCUGAGAAUAUGCUAUGUGCUGUUGACACUCUGACUAAAAGUGGUUCUUUGGAUGUGAUUGUGGUUGAUAGUGUAGCUGCCCUGGUCCCCCAGUGCGAACUUGAUGCUGAAAUUGAUGGUGAAUACCGAGAUGCACAAUCAAGAAUCAUAACCCAAGCAUUACGAAAAAUACAUUCUUCAUUAUCCCAUUCUCGUACCCUUAUUGUUUUUAUUAACCAGAUUAGAUCAAGUCCAAAGUCAGGGAAAGAAUUUGGACCUACGGAUGAGGUUACUUGUGGUGGAAAUGCCUUGAAAUUCUACGCGGCAGUGCGGUUGAGACUUAAAAGGAUACAGUUGCUUCAGACUGAGGAAAAGGUUACAGGUCUUGGGAUUUCUGUGCAAGUUGUGAAAAACAAAUUAGCACCUGCAAUGAAGAAGGCCGAUCUGGGAAUACAGUUCGGGAGAGGCUUAAGCUGUGAAUCAGAGGUAUUGCAGUUGGCUUGUGAACACGGGGUCAUUGCCAAAGAAGGAAGCAACUACCUCAUAGGGCAAAAGGUUUUUAGUAAUGAACGUGCAGCUGAACAGUGUCUGGCAAAAAACGAUGCGCUUUUUGAUGAGGUAGGUAACGAUCUUAAGGAAAAUACUGUUUGAAAGAUAGAGUACCUAGACGACGCUGACUGAACGAACAUCUGUCAAAUGUGAGGUGUAAAAUGGUGGAGUGAUCUAGUCCCGUGUCAUGAUGCUACCUGAAGGUUUGGGAUGACAUUCCGGUUUAUGAUGCAGCUAGCAUUUCUGUCAAAAAUUUGACGGAGGCUAAAUGCGAGUUCCGAAUUAGAAAAAAUGGAAGAUUUCACCGUUAUUCAACGCCUCAAGGUUAUCGUAUGUAAAAUUGUCGGAGCUGUUCCGUGGUUUGUGUAGUAACAAAUCCACGACACUGUCGACUUUCACUUGUAUAUAGAACCUUGAUUACGAGUUAUAUUUUAUAUCUCCAUGCCUUAUGAGAAACGUGUCUCAUAUGAUAUCACACUUUGCAUGUCUCGUAACAGAAUUUUGGACAGAAUUGUGAUGGAAUGACAACAUUAAUUUACGACACCUAUUUUUAGGUGUUACAUUAAUUGAUUAUCAAUUUCAGGUAUCA